ACACCACAUGCUGACAACGGCAUUUUUAGCGGAGACCCAGUUCCUUCAGCUUGGGACUCGACCCUUUGUUUCGUCACACCGGUGCGCGGUGUUGACGGAACAUGUCCUUGAGCCCCAACACUCACCCCGACCUACGGGUUCUCGUUCCACUCACCGAGCAUACGGAAAACACGGACGGCCCGACACCAGCACCCGCUCCCUCAGACCACCAUCUGCAUCCACCUCCAAAGCCCCUCGACCUCCCUUCAUCGCCAGAGGAUUCGUUCUCGCGACACCCGCCCCAGCCCCUUGCUACCUUUGAUGGGAUCACUUCCCACACCGCUACCCCGACAGAACCGCCGGCGAUGCCGGAGGUUAUGCCCGCAGACGAUUUAGAAGCAGAGGAUGAUGAUGGCGGAACCUACAGAGAAAUACAGGCCAGGGUAGAUCAGAUUCACAGAACCCGCCACGACACCUCGAGGUUGACCGAACGUCGUGUCCUCAAGGUUCCACGCGUUCGCAAACAUCAUUCCUCAUCAGCACGCCGUGAGCGUAAGAUUCGCUCCCGAUCUCGCCCGUCGGAUAUGGACCCCUUGAGCAGGACGGAGGAAGCGUAUUCCCGCGAGCAACGCCUUCACGGGCCCAUACCAAUGCAAGAGGGGAAGCCUCGGGAAGAGCCAGGCGAUUCCCGACACGGUAAGGCUCCUGGCCCUCUGGUCGACGUUCCAGAGAUACGAGUCGAGUGCACUGGCGAGAGCAGGCCAGUGACUCCGCCGAAAGUGGAGGCUGAUGCCGGGCGGAUGGAUUGGUGCCAACAAACUCCUCCUCACCAGACCAUUCCUGAAGAAUGCCCUAUGGAUUGGUCUGGUAAUUCACCACCAGCACCGGCAGCACCUCCACCGCCGCCACCUUCAGACAUGUAUUGAGCAUGAAAUCGCUCUUUAAGCCUUGUCUUCACGGCCGCUUUUCCGCGUCCUGUCCCCAGCGAUCCUCAAUACUGCCACCUCAGCCUCUUGUGCAUGCUCGAAUUUGCGUCUCGAAUCACCCCCUUUUGGCAGGAUCUCAAUCGCCGAACACUCUAUCCGCUGUGUACAUUUCUCAAUGACUAGAGAUACCCUCUCUUCCAUUUGGUUCCCCCUUUGCUCCUGUAUCCCUUUUGUUUUUCCUUCAUUCGGCGUCUAGGGCGUGCAUUUGACGCAUCUCUAUCCUUUUGGCUUUCCCUGAGUUUUCGCCCAGCUAUUUAUUAUUUUUUCCCCCUUUUCAGAGCGGCGUUUUCGGUUUCAUUGUACAGUGAACUUGUUUCCAUUCCUGUUCAGUCAAUCUUAGAUGGUCGGCGCCGGGCUUUUUCAUUCUAGUUAUUGGUGGUGCUCGUGCGGCUCGUUACGAAUCCGUCGCGUUCUGCAAUUUUUGUUCUCUUUUCUAUCCAUUUUCUAUCUAUUUAUUCUCUAUCCUGACCUGAUUUCUCCGACCCAGAGGGGAAGGCAUCUCGACCUCGGAUUAUGGUUGGGGAGUCACGUUUUUUGUAGCACAUAUGUUGGUCGAACUCCCCGUUUUCAGCCGGGAGAUUUAGGUUUCGACACGACGCCAUGACAAUGAAAUUAGCGAGGAACCUUGCAAUUAGUUUGGAGAUCCCAAGAUGAUGAAGAGAUACUGGUAUGGGAAAAAAAUUUGUACUCUGUCUAUGAAGUCCGGGUGUGUUGAAGGGAGACCUACCGGUAGCUCGCUUCGGAUGGAGGUCUGACGGACGAUUUUUCAAUGGGCAGAAAGAGACGGAGCGUAUGUAUCCCAGCACCCUCCCCAUUUCCAACAACAUUGGCAGCAAGAAAAAAAGUACUCGUACACCCCCUUCUUUUCUUGUAUGAUGGCGAGUCAUGCGCUUUGUCCUCUGUGCCAGUACCACUCGUAUGAAGGAUAACUCUCGUGAGUGCCGU